AAAGAGAAUGAAGUUCUCUAUUUCACUUUGAUGUGGAAACGUAAGACUGGGGUUUCAUUUUUUUUUAUCAUAUUAUCCUUUUUCCUACUUUAUUAAUAUUAAUCAUAUUUAAAUUAAUCAUAUUUAAUACAGAAGUUGAAUAAGCUAAAAUAAAAUAUAAAAUAAAAGUAAAGUAAGAGAGAAUGAAUAAAAAUUAAAGGAAACUUUUUACGAACGGGCUUCUGAACAACAAUAGCUAUCUUGGUUCAUAUAACAUAGGAUUCACCCCCAUUGCGUAUUGGUACUUAUCGGAUAUAGAAUAGAUCCGCUUCCCUUUUUUCCUAUGAAUCGAAUUGUUCCAUUAUUACUAACAGAAUAGAACAAAUAUUAAUCCUUUCUCCGAAAUAAUUACCUAAAAAGGGGGGGUCCGUAACAUAGUUUUUUCCAAUGCAAUAAAGUUACAUAGUGUCUAUUUUUCAUUGAUAAAGGGGUAUUUCCAUGGGUUUGCCUUGGUAUCGUGUUCAUACUGUUGUAUUGAAUGAUCCCGGUCGUUUGCUUUCGGUUCAUAUAAUGCAUACUGCUCUGGUUGCUGGUUGGGCCGGUUCCAUGGCUCUAUAUGAAUUAGCUGUUUUUGAUCCCUCCGACCCUGUUCUUGAUCCAAUGUGGAGACAAGGUAUGUUCGUUAUACCUUUCAUGACUCGUUUAGGAAUAACCAAUUCAUGGGGCGGUUGGAAUAUUACAGGAGGGACUAUAACGAAUCCGGGUCUUUGGAGUUACGAAGGGGUAGCCGCAGCACAUAUCGUGUUUUCUGGCUUGUGCUUCUUGGCAGCUAUUUGGCAUUGGGUAUAUUGGGAUCUAGAAAUUUUUUGUGAUGAACGUACAGGAAAACCUUCUUUGGAUUUGCCCAAGAUUUUUGGAAUUCAUUUAUUUCUUUCAGGAGUGGCUUGCUUUGGUUUUGGCGCAUUUCAUGUAACAGGAUUAUAUGGUCCUGGAAUAUGGGUAUCCGACCCUUAUGGACUAACCGGAAAGGUCCAACCCGUAAAUCCGGCGUGGGGCGUGGAGGGUUUUGACCCUUUUGUUCCGGGAGGAAUAGCCUCUCAUCAUAUUGCAGCAGGGACGUUGGGUAUAUUAGCGGGCUUAUUCCAUCUUAGUGUUCGUCCGCCUCAACGUCUAUACAAAGGAUUACGUAUGGGAAAUAUUGAAACCGUCCUUUCCAGUAGUAUUGCUGCUGUCUUUUUUGCAGCUUUUAUUGUUGCUGGAACUAUGUGGUAUGGUUCUGCAACUACUCCCAUCGAAUUAUUUGGUCCUACUCGUUAUCAAUGGGAUCAGGGAUACUUUCAACAAGAAAUAUAUCGAAGAGUUAGUGCCGGACUAGCUGAAAAUCAAAGUGUAUCAGAAGCUUGGUCUAAAAUUCCUGAAAAAUUAGCUUUUUAUGAUUAUAUUGGUAAUAAUCCAGCAAAAGGGGGAUUAUUCCGAGCGGGUUCAAUGGACAAUGGGGAUGGAAUAGCUGUUGGAUGGUUAGGACACCCCGUCUUUAGAAAUAAAGAAGGGCGUGAACUUUUUGUACGCCGUAUGCCUACUUUUUUUGAAACAUUUCCGGUUGUUUUGGUAGACGGAGACGGAAUUGUUAGAGCCGACGUCCCGUUUAGAAGGGCAGAAUCUAAAUAUAGUGUCGAACAAGUAGGUGUAACUGUUGAGUUUUAUGGUGGUGAACUCAAUGGAGUAAGUUAUAGUGAUCCCGCAACUGUGAAAAAAUAUGCUAGACGGGCUCAAUUGGGUGAGAUUUUUGAAUUAGAUCGUGCUACUUUGAAAUCCGAUGGUGUUUUUCGUAGCAGUCCAAGAGGUUGGUUUACUUUUGGGCAUGCUUCGUUUGCUCUACUUUUCUUCUUUGGACACAUUUGGCAUGGUUCUAGAACCCUCUUCAGAGAUGUUUUUGCUGGUAUUGAUCCAGAUUUGGAUGCUCAGGUGGAAUUUGGGGCAUUCCAAAAACUUGGAGAUCCAACUACAAAAAGACAAGCAGUCUGAUGCAACAUUGCUUUUUUCUUUUAGUUUCUGUUUGCGAUUUUUUUGAUUUCAUUUAAUAGGUAGGGUACUGUAGGAAUCUUGAUUUAAAUCGCUGCCGUUUCUUUGACUCUUUUUUGUUCUUUAUCCGGAGGUAUACUCCUUCAGUAAACAUAAACAAAACAGGUAUGAAAGCUAUAAUUGUAAACCACGAUCAAAUUUAUGGAAGCAUUGGUUUAUACAUUUCUCUUAGUAUCGACUUUAGGGAUCAUUUUUUUCGCUAUUUUUUUUCGGGAACCGCCUACAAUUUCAA